ACUGUUAGUUUAGAGAUUCCCCCGGAAAUGGCUCACGUCUGCUCCAAUCUCCAUUCUCCGUCUCCGUCACUGCUUCUUCCCCGCCAAAAUGGGUUUUCCGGUUGCCGUUUUAUACGCCAAGUGAAUUUUAAUCUGAAUAAGGGAGCCAUGAAGAUGUCACCAAUAGUCACUGGCAGGAAAACGAAUUCCAGGGACAGUGAUAGUGGGAAAGGAGUGAAAAGUAGGUUUGUGCAAGUAAUGGCUAAGCAGGGAGACAAGAAGUUCCAACAUGAAGGUUUAAUUACCGAGUCACUCCCCAAUGGUAUGUUCCGGGUUCGCCUUGACAAUGAAGAUUUGAUUCUUGGUUAUAUUUCUGGAAAGAUCCGGAAAAAUUUUGUUCGAGUGUUGCCUGGAGAUAGAGUUAGAGUUGAGUUAAGUCCGUAUGAUUCUACCAAGGGCCGCAUAGUUUAUAGACUUCGUAACAGGGACCCAAGUGGUGAAUAAGGUGGAUUUUUGUAGUAAAUCAGCAAGUUUGUUCAGGAUUGACAAUUGAGGUAAGGAAUAACAAUUAUCAACUUUGGUGUUCAACUGAUUGUAAAAGAAAGUGGGGAUUGGACUUCUUUCUAGCAGCAGUACUCCAAUGGAUUGUUGGAUUGAUCAAUCAUGCAGAGUUACAAACUUAAUAGAGAUGAGAGGAAGAAGACAUUAGUGUAUCUUGUCAGUCUUUUUGGUCACAUGCUAUUGGAAUCACAUGUUCUCUUCUUCGCUGGGAGCCGUGGGGGCGAGACCGGGGAGUUAAUCUUGUUCUGUGGCCUCACUUCUGAAGUAAGAUAUAGAACAGAGUAUGUAUGAUAUUGUUAUCCACCUUUCAUGUUUCUAUAUAUGUGUCUUUGUGUUACUUUAAUUGUGAAUUUGAUAAUAUGUUUCUCUUUGAAUGGGGAUUGGUUGCAAAAUCUACGUCUUAAUGGAAAUCUUCAGAUGGAUAUGCUACUAAACCUUAAUAUCUGCU